GAAAUCGAAAGUGAAAGCAGCCGGAGAGUUCCUGGUUCGUUCAGAGGGAGCGGUGCGUCAGUUUUGUUUGCGCCCGUGCAGAGAGAGCUGUCUGCGGGAGGAUGGAGGAGUGGGGCGUCGUCGUUGAGGGCGACUGGGCCCCGGAGCAGAACAGAACCGCGAAGAACAAACUGCUAAAACAUUUCCUGAGCGAAAAGAAGUCCGGCGGAGGAGAGUGCCGCGUGGAGACCGUGGACGGGGUCGCGAGGGCUGCUGUCCUCUUCAAGUCACGACAAGUGAGAGACCGAGUUCUGUCCAAACCCAUCCAUGAGAUCACAGUGGACGAGAGGAGUGUUAAACUGCGGCUCAGUGAGGACUCUCCGUUCCAAACCUCCACAGGCAACGCUCCAGAUGCACAGAAAACUGCUGCGCCUCCUCAGAGAAAUGAAGCUCAGAGAGAGCAAACCAAACCAGACCGAGGCUCCUCUUCUGGGUCCGAUGCCCGGUGCAGUGUGGCUCUGGGGCCGGUUUCUGAGGGCACCUCCAGAGACCUGCUGUGUGUCCUGGUGGAGAACGUGUGUAAAUUGGAGGAGGAACAAUACGACCUGGAGCUGAUAUGGGAGAGUAGCGUCGCCGUGGUAACCUUCAAGAAUCACACAGAUACAGAGAAGUUCAUGACCUUGAGCCAGAGCAACAGUAGACUCCAUAAACAAGGCCUGACCGCGACUCUUCUGGACCCAGCGACAAAGGUCCGAGUUGAGAACCUGCCGCCCAAUGUGGUCAGAGACAUGUUGGAUCUGUAUUUUGAGAAAAACUGGGUGGCACCAGACGACAUCAUGAUGGUCCCAGAGGAGCAGGCUGCAGUCCUCUCCUUCUCCGACCCCACAGUGGUGAAGGACAUCUGCUCUCGAUCUGACCUCAAAAUCAAAUCCACUCAGAUCAAAGUUUAUCCAUAUUACUCGUCUCUGGGUGCAGCUCUGAUGGGCGCCGAUCGACCCGAGUUCAAAAUGCCUAAACCAUUCACUGAAAAUGUGCUUGUCCCGAUCUGGAGGUUCCUUUGCAGCAAAGAUCUCUCCAAGUCCAUCAACCAAAACAUGAGUUUGCACUUCUGCCACGUCAACAUGGACACGCCCCAGGUCAAACUGAGCCCGUUACCCAACUUUCUACGGCAAAACAAUCUCACCAAAGAUCAAGUAGAAAAGUGGAACACCGUUGCACUAAAGGCGUUUCGGGAGCAAAUGAACGAAUAUGGUGCAUUUGAUUGUCCUUUGAACAAUGCUGCAUGGGGAUUAGUCGAAAAAGAAGUGCGUGCGAUUGUGAAAGAUGAAGCAGAGCUGUUUUUCGAUAAUUCAAAAGGAGUUCUCACUGUUGCCACAAGCUUCAAAACCUUAAAACGGAUAAGGGCAGAAGUGGAAGCAACAGUUCGCAAAGCUGUCAAUCAAAUCGACAGAGAAAUGAAUGGAGUGGAGGAGAAGAUGAAACUGACUCCCGCCAUGUACUACAUUUUAAAUGAAAGUGGCCUUCAGAAUGCAGCGCGAGACAUCUCUCCUGACAUCCUCAUGGGCUUUGACAAAGGAGUUCUGAGUAUAUCAGGAUUGCAAAGUGAGGUUCUCAGGUUAAAAACUUGGAUUCUUGAAAAAAACAUGGCACUAGAGAAGAAACCACUGGAAAUACCAACUCCUCUUAAGGAUUUUCUCCAGAAUGUUGAUGUAAAGGAGUUGUCCCAAGAUCUGUUCACGUCACAGGGCAUCUGCGCGUUCAUCAGCUUCGAAACCAAAGGGAUUUUUCUCAUUGGAAGUUCAGAGCGGUUUAUCAGUGACGCAGAGAAGAAACUGCAAUCUGUUUUGACCAUUCAGGCUUUACACUAUAAAGACAAAGAAGUUGUGAAGCUUAAAAAGUGGUCUGAUCUGAUGGCGAACUUGCUAGAUUUGUACAACACCUCCAGUAAACAAACUGUGCAGGUCCAAAUUCAACAGCCCAACAUUACAAUCGCAGGUUUUUCGAAUCCGGUGAAAGAAGUGGCUCAAAGUUUAAGCGACUUUAUCAACAAUUAUUCCCAAGUUCAGGAGAGGGUCAAGGUCGAAUCCUGUGCUGUGGUUCAGUUCAUUGAAAAGAAAAAGAUGGUAGAAUGGACUGUAAUUGCCAAAGACAACCAGGUCAGCACAGAGUUUGACCCUGUUCGGCCCAAAUUCACCAUUUCUGGACCGCGGCUAUAUGUCCAAAAUGCCAAAUUGCUCUUCCUCAGUGUUACACGCUCGCUCAUCACCGACACGUUUAAGGUGCAAAAACCAGGGGCCAAAAAGUUCUUUAUGAACCAAGGAGGACUUUUUCUGUCUACCUUUAUGAAUGAAUUUGGAUGCGCCGUAAUUCUGCGUCCUGAACUCCCUGACGAUGAUGAUGAAUUUGAAGAAGCAUUAGACGUUCAAGAUGGCGGUUGCGUUGUGAGAGUUAAAACCAAGAGCGGAGUGGAGGUUUCGGUGAGGAAAGCGAACAUGUGCAAGCUCAAUGUAGACGCGGUCGUGAACGCGGCUAAUGAGGACCUGAAGCACAUUGGCGGGUUAGCAUUAGCCCUCCUGAACACAGCGGGACACGAGAUGCAACAAGACUGUGACGAUUUCAUCAAGCAAAAGGGAAAGGUUCCUCCGGGCCAGACGUUUGUCACCAAAUCAUACCGACUUCCGUGCAAACAUGUGAUCCACGCCGUUGGGCCGAGGUACACGGAAAACGGAGCUCAACAUUCACAUCUUCUCCUUAAGCUCGUUGUUACAAACAGCCUAACAGAAGCAGAGAAGCUGCAGUGUGCGAGUGUAGCGAUGCCGGCUGUAAGUUCAGGGAUUUUUGGUUUCCCGGUGGAUCUGUGCGCAGAGACCAUCGCUCAAGUCGUCAGAGAAUUCUGCGAUGACCCAAAGAACCAGCUGGUGGCGCUCCGACAGGUGCAGUUGGUGGAUAAUAAUGAUAAAACAGUGAAGGCUCUGGCUGAAGCAGUGAAGAGGGAGUUUUCUGAUCUGAAACCAACGAUAGUAUCUGGCAAGACGAGGGUCCAGACGGAGGGGGCAGUGGGUGGCUCUGAGGCUGGAUGGGAAACUGUGACUUAUGAAGAUAUCAACCCAACAGAAAAAACAGAAGUUUUUCGUGAAAGACCCACAGCCAACAGACUCAGCGCCGUCCCACCAAUCAAACCAAGGCUCAAAGGACAGACGCUGGAGCAGACCACGCCCGAAGGACUCAGCAUCAGUCUGGUGAAAGGAAACAUCCAGGAACAAACCACGGAUGUCAUUGUGAACACCAUUGCAGAGAAUAUAAACCUCCAGCAGGGGGCAGUGUCCAAGGCUCUUCUGGAGGCGGCCGGCCCUGAGCUGCAGGCCGCGGUGCUCUCGUCCGUCUCAGAGGAGAUGCUGGCGUUUGGGGAAGUGGUCAUCACCGACAGCUUCAAGCUACACUGCCAAAAAGUGUUCCACGCCGUGUGCCCGCCCUGGGACAAGGGGGCGGGGCAAGCACAAGCGAUAUUGGAGGGUAUAGUCUGGUCGUGUCUGGAGGGGGCGGAGCGCCAGCGGCUCAGCUCCAUCUCGUUUCCUGCUCUGGGGACAGGAAACCUAAACUUUCCCCGAGGUGUGGUGUCUGCUCUGAUGCUGCGACAGGUGCACACCUUUAGCCAGGUGCACUCACCCCGACACCUGAGGGCGGUGCAGCUGGUGGUGCACCCAGCCGACACUCAGACGGUGGAGUGCUUCACUAAAGAGUUCAAAGGUCAGAACUCUCAGAGAAUCGUCCAAUCAGAAGCAGAGUUUGAGCAUUUGCCUCGACCCAGUGGCCAAGCACAGCAGUCCUCAGCCACUUUCGGCCAGGUGCAAACUCUGUCACUCGGGGUUCAUCAGAUGCAGAUGGGUCAGGUGACCCUCGAAGUCUCAUCAGGUGACAUCACCAAAGAGACCUGUGAUGUCAUCAUCAACUCAUCCAAUCAGAACUUUUCCUUGAAGUCAGGCGUGUCGAAGGCCAUCUUAGAUGCUGCAGGCCGUGGCGUUGAGCAGGAGUGUGCAAACAUAGUGGGUUCUCCUGGAUAUCAGCCCAGACCUCUGAUCAUCACGUCCGGGGGGCAGCUGCCGUGUAGAAACAUCAUCCACGUCGCAGGAACCAACAAGCCCUCCAUGAUAAAGGACCUGGUCUACUCUGUGCUAAAGCUCUGUGAAGACAACAACUUCUCCUCUGUGGCCUUCCCUGCUCUAGGCACAGGGGCCGGGGGAGCAGACCCAUCCCUCGUGGCUGAUGCCAUGGUGGGGGCCGUGGAGGACUUUGUGAAGAAGAAACAGCCAAAGAUCGUGCGCAGCAUCAAGAUCCUGGUCUUCCAAACGGUGAUGAUCUCAGAGUUUCACAAGAGCAUGAAGUCCAGAGAGGGGCAGCCUCUGGAGCUCGGGUUCAUUGGCAAGGUCAAAGCGUUCAUGUCACCCCUGACGUCACUCUUGGGUCUGAGCAGCGAGGGGCCGGUCAAAGAGGGUCCAUUGGUUCUGGAGGGACAGGAGUUUGAGCCCACAGUGUUCGAGCUCUGUGGAGAGACUCAGAGGGCGAUCGCUCAGGCGAAGAAGAGGAUUGAGGAGUUGAUUCUGACGGAGCAGGCUCAGAGGACUAUUUCAGACCCGGUCCUAGUGCAUUUGACCCAGAGAGAUGUGGAGCGACUGGGUGAGCUGCAAAAGAGCCUCACGGUGAAGAUCAGACUGGAACGAAAGAACCCAGAGGAACCAUCCAUUCACCUGGAGGGUCUGACCAGAGAUGUGUCCACCGCAGAGUCCGAAGUCAGGGACAUGAUCCGUAAGGCAGAACGCACUGAGAGUCGGAGGAAAGACGCCUUUAUGCUGAGCGGGUUAAUCGAGUGGCAGUUUGUUCAAGACGACGGAGAAAAGAAACCCUUUGAUCCGAUGACCAACCUGGCGCUGGAGGAGGGCUUUCUCCAAAAGAAAACCACAAAGAUCACCAUAAACCAACAGCCCUUCACCGCAAACCCAGUGAGGAUGAGAGCAGACAGUGAGAGGCGCAACAAGACCGUGGAGCUGUUCAGGAAGGAUUGCAAAGAUGAUGCGUCGCUGCCAUCUGAGUGGAGCGACAUGAAGAGAGGUGAGCUGUUGAAACUGGUCCAACUUCAACCCACGUCAAAUGAGUAUAAAAAAGUGGAGACAGAAGUGACCCAACGUGGACUACAGCUCAACAUCCUGUCUAUCGAGCGCGUGCAGAACGUGACUUUGUGGAAGAGUUAUCAGAUUAAGAAGAAGGAGAUGGACACCAAAAACAAAAACACAAACAACGAGAAGGUGCUUUUCCACGGAACUGGAGCCAAGUCCAUCGACCUCAUCAACAAACAGGGCUUCAACCGCAGCUACGCAGGAACUCACGCUGCGAUGUACGGUAAAGGCUCGUACUUCGCUGUGGACCCUGCAUACUCAGCUCAAGGCUACUCUGCACCAGAUGCUAAAGGUCACAAGCGCCUGUAUGUGGCUCUGGUCCUGGUCGGAGAAUACACCACAGGUCAGGGGGGCAUGAUCACUCCUCCAGCAAAAAACGGCCCUAGUGACCUCUACGACAGUGUGACUGAUCGAGUGCCAAACCCAUCUAUGUUUAUCAUCUUCAACGAUGUACAGGCCUAUCCACAGUACCUCAUCACAUUCAUGUAAGAAUAAUUACAAUGGUUGAGGAAUAAAAACAUGGACUGAACCAGGUCUGAACCAGGCCUAAACCAGGUCUGAACCAGGUCUAAAGCAGGUCUAAACUAGCACCAAACGUCCUGAAAAAGGUCUUUUUGCAGUACAUUAUCACAUUCACUGAAAGCAUUUAAUAAUCACAACUAAUCCUAUAGUCAUUUACAAAGGACAGAACCAGGAGCAAGAGUUUAACAGGGUCUAAACCAGAUCAAAAUCAGAUCUAAACCAGAUUUAAACCAGGUCAAACCAGGUAUAAACCAGGUCUAACCCAACGCCUGUCUCCAGUGCCUAAAUAUCACAUCCACCUAAACAAACCUAAACAGAUCCUAAUAAAAAUAAAUUUGGGAUUAAUCAAGACAAAGCCUAAACCAGGACUAAACAAGGCUUAAACUAUUUUUAAUCAGCACUUGGUUUAACUAGUUCUAAACCAGGUCUAAAACAGGACUUAGCAGGGACUGAAUCAGAACUAAACCAAGACUGUGGACAAGCACUUGACUAGAUCUAAACUAGAAUUAAAACAGUACUGAACAAUAGACUAAUUGAGAGUUACAUAGAUUAAAACUAAAACAAAUCCACGUAUAAGCCACACACUGGGUUUGUCACUGACUCCUCUCUCCUUUCAGCUUAACUCUUCAGGAAAUAAUAUCACUGUCAAUUAUGUGCCUUGUGAUUUUUAUCUAUUUCACAUAUAAUCAUGUUCAUUUAACAUCUUGAAUAAGUCAAAUCACAUUAAUGUAUUCACAGGUCACUUUCUGCACGUAAAUGGUUUCUCAGUACACCAGGGGGCAGUACAGAGCAUUAUAUUCACUCUGAAAAAACCUGUUUACAAAUGCGUAUAAAUACAGCAUUGUUCCAUUAUUUUUAAUUGUUUUAUUUAGAAUCUAAGUGCAAGUUCUCAUUAAAUAAAGUUCUAACACAAUAAUAACUCAAAGGGCUUUGUGAUUAAAGUAAAACUAAGUUGAAGUUUACUCAUGUUUAUAACUACAGCCAGAGAAAAACACUCACUGGCCCCUUUAUCAGGUACAUUUUGAACUGAUCCAGUUGAACCUGCCUGCUUAAGACUGAUUAAUGUCUUUGUGGACGUUUGUGGAUGUAAAUUGAUCCUUCCUGAAACAGCAGAUUUAUAAAGUCUCAGGUUCAUUUUCCUCAAGUCUAUAAAUCUAAACUAGGACAAAAACCCACAAAUAAACCAAACACAAACCAGAUGUAAACCAGGACUAAAGCCAAGACUAUCCCAGGAGACACAAUUAGGGCUGUGCAAUUAAUCAAAAACAAAUAAUAAAUACAUGUGUGGAAAUAUUGAUAUCUUCAAAGACAUUUUUAUUAGUUUUUCAUAAAAAUAUCGUAAUCGAUCAAUAUGAGAAAUAAGGUUCUUAUGUAAUACACUAGACCAGGUUGGGCUAAACCAGCUCUAAACUGGACUCAUGAGGCUUAAGCAGACCAAACUAGAUCAAAACCAGGAUGAAACCUGGACUAAAUUCUCAGUCCCGAUGCUUAGGACUAUACCAGGUCUAAACCAAGACUAACCAUGUGUAAUUCAGAUAUAGACCAGUACUAGAUCAAGACUAAUCCAAGACUAAACUUGGUCCAUCUUUUCCGCUGUGACACCCAGGGUUUAACUAGAACUAAAUCAGAAGUAAAGCCGGUCUAAACCAGGACUAAAGGAGGACUAAAGCAGUUCUAAAACAGGACCUCUGUAUAGCUCAGAGCUGAGUUGUGCCUAGUAAAGUGUCCAGUGAGUGUCGUCAUUGAAGCUUUAAUAUUUACUCUGUUCAUAGUUGUUGUUUAUGAUGGACUUGUUGAUGAAUGAAAAGUAGUUUGUUCUGUUCUCUGUGAUCUCUGCUGCUAUGCAAUAAAAGUCUUUAAAUUACAC